AUGGGGGAGAAAAACAGUGCAGCGGGCAGUGGAAGAGCGUCGCUUGGCUCUGCAGAUGCUCAAGAGCAGGAAAUAAAGAACAUUUACCGAUAUUUUAAAGACAGACCAGAGGUUAUUGAGAGACACGCAGACGAGCUGAAUGAGCUUGCAAAGGACCCAACAAUUCAGAAGGCCUUUCGAAGACACUCGGAUCAGUUCCGCAAUAUUAAGGAAAAUCGGCUGUCGUAUGAGCUGGAGAAGAACAGGAAGCUUCGCCUCAUCCACAAAUUCAAAAAAGAACACACAGACAUUGAAAACAUAACAAAUCGGUGGAGAGACAUACUGCUGUGUGCCUUUGAGGACCUAGUAAAAUACACAGAUAGCAAGGCAGUGGAUCUAUACAAUGCAUUUCAUCUUAAGUCCAUACACGUCCAGAAGGACGAAGUGGGAAUUUACAGCGAAGAAGACCCGUCUACAGAGAACGAGUGA